AUGGCGAGCAAAUUCUCCCUGCGCAUGAUGCCCGGCCUCCCAAUGGCGUCACCCAGGCCUUGGUCCAUGCGAGCUUUUUCCACCUGUCGCAGUUCAAGUUUCCCAGUUCCAAUCGCCUCCAGAACGUCCUCUUUGGUGUCCCGGCCCCUUGUCCAACAAUCCUUCCGUCGCAACUACGCCGAUGCCCCCCAAGUCAAUCUUUCCCCGGAACCCAAACCGAAGAAGCGCUUCCGAUUCUUCGUCUGGACCUGGCGCUUGACCUAUCUUUCCGUGCUUGCCGCCCUAGGAUAUGUCACCUACCAGAUCUAUGAAGGUCGCAAUCCAAAGGAGCAAUUUGACCCAGAUCCAAACAAGAAGACGCUUGUCAUUCUCGGUACCGGUUGGGGCUCCGUCUCCUUGCUCAAGAACCUGGACACUGAAAACUACAAUGUCGUCGUCGUCUCGCCUCGCAACUACUUCCUCUUCACCCCUCUGCUGCCCUCGUGCACCACUGGUACUAUUGAGCAUCGGUCGAUCAUGGAGCCCAUCCGGAACAUUCUGCGACACAAGAAGGCAAAGGUCAAGUACUAUGAAGCCGAAUGCACAAAGAUCGACUAUCAAAAGAAGAUUGUCUACGCCAAAGAUGACUCGGAAAUCAAGGGUGACACCAUGGAGACUGAGAUUCCUUUCGACCUACUUGUUGUGGGUGUAGGAGCCGAAAAUGCGACCUUUGGAAUCCCUGGUGUCCGUGAACAUGCCUGUUUCCUGAAAGAAGUCGGAGAUGCUCAAAAGAUUCGCAAACAAAUCAUGGACUGUGUCGAAACUGCAACGUUCAAGGAUCAGAGCCCCGAAGAAAUCAAGCGUCUUCUUCACAUGGUCGUCGUCGGCGGCGGUCCAACUGGUGUCGAAUUUGCUGGCGAACUGCAGGAUUUCUUCAUGGAAGAUCUACAAAAAUGGGUCCCUCAGAUCAAAGACGAUUUUCAUGUCACUCUGGUUGAAGCUUUGCCCAACGUGCUCCCAAUGUUCAGCAAGCAGCUGAUCGAGUACACCGAGUCAUCCUUCAAGGAAGAGCAUAUUCAGAUCCGCACAAAGACUAUGGUCAAGAACGUUACCGACAAGUACAUUGAAGCCGAAGUCCAGAAUCCCGAUGGUUCCAAAGUGGUGGAGAAGAUUCCUUAUGGACUGCUUGUCUGGGCCACCGGUAAUGCUGUUCGUCCCGUUGUCAAGGAUCUCAUGUCCCAAAUCCCAGCUCAAGCGAAGGCUCGCCGUGGCCUUGAAGUUAACGAAUACCUCGUUGUUAAUGGCACCGAGAAUAUCUGGGCUGUUGGCGACUGCGCCGUGGCGAAUUACGCACCCACCGCUCAAGUUGCUGCUCAAGAAGGAACUUUCCUUGCUCGUCUUUUCAACACCAUGGCCAAGACGGAUGCCAUCGAAGCUGAACUACGUGACUUGUCUGCCAAGCAGGCUACCGCAAACCCAGACCAACGCAAAGUCAUCUUAGAAGAAAUCAACGAGCGCCAGCGCCAACUCCGUCGCAUCAAGCAGAUCGGUCCGUUUAGCUAUUCACAUCAAGGAUCACUCGCAUACAUUGGCGCCGAGAAAGCGGUUGCGGACGUGUCUUGGUUUAGCGGGAACAUUGCGAGCGGAGGUACUAUGACGUAUCUGUUCUGGAAGAGCGCCUAUUUGAGCAUGUGCUUUAGCACACGCAACCGUAUCCUGGUUUUCUUCGACUGGGUCAAGGCCAAAUUUUUCGGCAGAGAUGUGUCGAGAGAAUAG